AUCAUGGCAACAUUCGAAGUCACGUGAUAUAAUAUAUGAACGAACGUUUUCAAUUCUAUUGGAAUUUAAUAGUUUAUGUGUAGAUUUUGUCGAUAAAAACAUGCUGUGUUGUGGCCCGAAACUAUCUGCAUGUGGUAUGGUACUAGGCCUUUGGGGUGUUAUUAUGCUGACUUUCCUGGGCAUAUUUUUUCAAAUCGAAAGUCCAGCCCUAGCCGAAGAUUUACCAGUUGAGGAGGAAGAACUUCUAAAAGACGACGUAGGAAAAUACAUGAGUGGACUUUAUAAACAGGCUUCGGCUAAUUGUUUUAUAGCGGCCGUUGUAUACGUUGGUGUACUAUGCUUUUCUUUCGUUUCCUACAAGCUAAGCGAUAGAAUGGCCUACUUAAAACCAUAG